AUGAGCAACAUAUACAGUAUAGAACCCAUAUCGAAGAUGAUAUGUAGUGGGGGGUUUAAAAUAUUCACGAAACCUUCCUUAUUAGUGAAAGGAACCUUGGUAAAGAGGUCUCUAUUGCGGGUUCGAAGGGUCAGGAGCCAAGGGUAUUCCACCCAGAUCGAUAUAAACAAACUAUCGAGGUCAGAUAUAUCAAAAUUGAGGGCAAUGAAGUUACAACAGGAGAGAUCAUUCAAGAACAAGACCAUGACGUACUAUGUCUCGAGCAUUGCAAUUAUAUUUCUGGGGUUAGCGUAUGCAGCUGUGCCCUUAUACAGAGCAAUAUGCGCACGUACAGGAUUUGGUGGAAUUCCCAUAACAGAUAGAAGGAAAUUCACAAGUGAUAAAUUAGUCCCGGUAAACGUAGAUAAAAGAAUUCGUGUGUCAUUUACAAGUGAAGUGUCGCAGAUCUUACCUUGGAAAUUCACUCCUGAACAGAGAGAAGUGUAUGUGGUCCCUGGGGAGACCGCACUGGCAUUUUACAAGGCCAGAAAUAAGAGCGAUAAGGACAUUAUUGGGAUGGCUACGUAUAGUAUAUCUCCAGGGGAAGCAGCGCAAUAUUUCAAUAAGAUUCAAUGUUUCUGUUUUGAAGAACAGAAGUUGUCAGCUGGGGAAGAGAUUGAUAUGCCUGUUUUUUUCUUUAUCGACCCUGAUUUUGCUAGCGAUCCUGCCAUGAGAAAUAUAGACGAUAUUAUACUACAUUACACAUUCUUUAGAGCUCAUUAUGGCGACGGAUCUGCAGUCACAGACGCUAUGCUCAAGGGAGAAGCCAUUUCAAGAGAAGAAACCGAGGCAAUGCUUGCAAACGCUGCCCUACUCGCCCCACCAGAAGUCAUUGACACCAGACAGAACUGA